AUGGGUCUCAUGCAGAAGAUCGUCAGGAAUGACGCCAUGAAAGAGGACCCCCCCGAGAUUUACGGAUGGAGGGCUUUUGCUCUUGCUUGCUCGGCUUGUUUCGGCGGCUUGAUUUUUGGAGUCGACACCGGUGCCAUUGGUGGUGUUUUGAGAAUGCCCGAGUUCCAGGACCUGUACCGACUGAGCCCCGAGUACGCCACUGAUAACCAGCGCGCCAACUUGAGUGCCAACAUUGUCAGCACGCUCCAGGCCGGAUGUUUCCUUGGCGCCCUUCUCGCGGCUCACGCUGCUGACCGCUUCGGCCGCCGACCCGUCCUCAUCUGGGGUGCCGGUGGUAUCUCUCUCAUUGGUGUGAUUCUGCAGGCUGCGGCUUCCGGUCAUCUCGCACCCAUGUACAUUGGCAGGUUCGUUUCUGGCUUCGGCACUGGCUUUGCGUCCAUGGUCAACCCUCUCUACGUUGCCGAGAACGCUCCUCGUGCGAUUCGUGGUGGUCUUACCGGCAUCUACCAGCUCUUCAUCGUUUUCGGUAUCUUUUUGGCUUACUGGAUCAACUAUGGCUGCAUCCAGCACAUUUCUGGUCAGGCUCGUUUCCUCAUCCCACUGGUCUUCCAAGCGAUCCCUCCUCUGCUUUUGAUGAUCAGCAUGUGGCUUUGCAACGAAAGCCCUCGCCAUCUCGCCAAACAGGAUCGUUGGGAAGAGGCCAUGUCGGUUCUGUCCACGAUCCGCGCCCUACCCCCCACUCACCCCUACGUCGCCAAUGAGUUCGCCGCCAUCAAGGCUUCGAUCGAGGAAGAGAACCUUCUUCUUGACGGCACAACCUGGUGGUCUCUGCAGCGCGAGAUGUGGACGAUUCCCGCCAACAGACGCCGCGCCAUCAUCAGUAUCCUUCUCAUGUUCUUCCAGCAAAUGACCGGCACGAACGCCAUCAACUACUACGCGCCCAUGAUCUUCAACAGUCUCGGUGUCAGGGGCGAGUCGAACGAGCUCUUUGCCACAGGUAUCUACGGUCUCGUGAAGCUCAUUGCCGUCAUUGUCUUCCUCAUCUUCGUCGCCGACUCUCUUGGCCGCCGCCGCUCUCUCAUCUGGACCGGUAUCGCCAUGUCUGGAAUGAUGCUUUACAUCGCCAUCUUCAUCCGCGUCACACAGCCUGACCCCAAUUCUGAAGAGGACGUGUCUGCCGCCGGCUACGUUGCCCUCGUCUGCAUUUUCCUGUUUGCCUCUCUCUUCCAGUUCGGAUGGGGCCCCGUUUGCUGGAUCUACGUUUCUGAGAUUGCGACCACCCGUCUCCGUGCCACCAACGUCUCCUACGCCGCCGCCACGCAGUGGCUGUUCAACUUUGUGGUCUCGAGGGCCGUGCCGCCCAUGCUCGUCAACCUGGGAGUCGGCGGCUUCGGCACCUACAUCUUCUUCGCCGGCUGGUGUGUGGUCAUGGUUGUCUUCUGCUGGUUCUUCAUCCCCGAGACCAAGGGUCUCAGCCUUGAGUCAAUGAACGAGUUGUUCGGCAUGACCGAGCCUCUCAGGGCCAAGGACAACGAGACGGCUUCGGUUGACAACGGAUCACGGAGCGACCGGAAGGAGAUCAGUGAGACGCCUACUGUUGCUCAGGUUGACCAAGCUGAGACGCCUGGAAACAACACUCGGGCUCUGUAA